AUGAGGUGUCGGUGCUCGACUUGGAUUUGGUUCAAGUUGUUCAUCUUCUUCGUCCUCUACGGCCUGCCCUCCGUUAUCAUCGCACAACCUCACAAGAGUAGUAUCUGGAACGUCGACAUCCUCACGGACCCCGCCCCUCCGCCUGAUAAGGGGCCUCCACUAUCUGCCGGCGCCCUGCGAGACAAGUCAAAGCUCAAGUACGAAAUCAUCGGCAUCGUCGGCUCAUAUCUCGCCUGGCUCUCGCUCACCGUCGUGCUUCUUGUUCUGGUCGGCAACAGACUUCGGCGCCGCACCCAGACGUCCAAUCGAAGUUUAAGCAUGGAGAUCAUCCGACCGAGCCAUCCACUUUUGGACCGGACCCCAAUGUCCGCCAGUACCGCCGCGACGGAUCUGGGACCGUUGCCCUCGCCCCUAAAGAGCCCACGGUCCGGCAAGAUGGCCAGCUUGAGGUCGUGGGCCAGAGGCGGUCCAGGACCAACAACAGCCCACAGCCGGAAUCCGUCCAAUAUGAGUGCCGGCGUCGCUUCGACCGUUGACGAACGGAUCCUCGAAGCCGACAAGGCUCGAAACAUGGACGAUUUGACCAAGUUGUAUGCCGCCGUCAUGGCCCACGACGAUGAACAACAGUCGCGCAAAGCCUCCAUGACCACUGCCAGCAACUACAGUGCCCGAACCUCGCCUAGAUCCCCCCAAUUUUCUGUUUCUCAUCAGGCCCAUGCUCCGCUCGCCAGUCCUGUAUCUACUUACUGUUAUCCUCCUUCCACCCCAAGAUCUCCUCCUUAUACUCCUCGGGUCCAUCAUGGUGGGCCCAUGUCGCCGCAAACCCCAAAUUACACUCAACAGUAUUAUCAGCACCAACUGCAGCAGCCACAAUCGCCAGCAGCCUACUCUGCACACACGAUUGACUCGCCCGCGGCAAGCCCUUUGUUCCACCCCUUGGCACCGACACCCAUAGUCGAGCAGGACGAAGAAGACAACCAGGACUCCUUCAUCCCGUCCCGCACCAACAGCAGCAGUCGGAAACCCGGUCGGAUCUCUUCCGCUCUGGCCCUUCUGCCGGGCCGCUCAUCUACUUCUGAUCAGUUGGCCUACAAGACCACCACCGGCAUCGACAACAACACCAAAAGCAAGAAACGGCCCAGCGCCAUCUCGGUCCGCGGCCAGCCCAUCUCGCAGCCUCUACGCUCAACUGACUCGCAGGGGUCCAACUACCUCGUCGCCAUGGGCUCCAGUCACUCCACGCGGGUAUACGACAACCCGAGUCGGCCGCCGGUGCCGCCGAGCCAGAAGUCGGCUACUGUCUCUACCACAGCAGCGCAGGAAAUGGGCAAGGGUCCUGCUGCUAACAAUACUGUUCGCAAUGGCGGGGUAGAUGGGACCCCAGAUCGCGAUCCCGCGGCAGCGUCAAGUGUCCGUACCGAGGAAGCAAGUCCCACAUCAUACAGCCUCCCAUUUCGGCAAUUCUACAGCAACGGAUCGCUGAAAAGCGCCCCGCCCACCAAGACGACAUUUGUCGAUCGCCGUGAAAGCAUGCUGGGCACGCACCCCAAGACCGGCGUGCCUCAAACCCCGUACAGCCCUUACAUGCCCUACACGCCCAUGACGCCGGUGACCCCCCGCACGCUGGUGACCAAGAAGGAAAUGAAGAAGAACCGUAAGAAGGAAGGUCUGAAAGUCCUCAGUGAGGAUGAUAUGGUCAUGAGUGAUGAAGACAUGUGGGGGGAGAUGAAAUGA